GGAGGAUUCCAUGCAAAAGCGAUAGUCCUCCUCCGGUGAUGUGCCCAGCUGUUUUGGUCCUCACGUGCGGUGGAAGAGGAAAGCCAAGCCGUGGCCUUGGGGCAGAGCCCGCUAGGGUCAGCGACUGGAGCCACCCGCCCCUGAGAGGACAUGGGCGGAGCCCUCGGGUGCCGGCCUCGGAGUCAGAGUCCGCUCCAUGGCGCCAAGAGGAUGCGCACCCGCGCAGCUGCUGCUGCUGCUGACACUGCUGUGGCCGCUGCCCCGGGAGCUGGCGGCGGGCGGCCGGUGGAGCGGGGAGGGCACCAGCCCGCAGCUGCAGAGCGUCUUCCUGGGCCGCUGUGCGGAGUACAUCACGUUGCUGAGCCCGCAGCCCGGGGACAAGAACUGCACAGCCAUCUGGGAAGCCUUUAAAGUGGUGCUGGACAAAGAUCCCUGUUCUGUGCUUCCCUCGGACUAUGACCUUUUCAUUAAUCUGUCUAGGCACUCCAUUCCCAGAGACAAGUCCCUGUUCUGGGAAAAUAACCACCUCCUUGUUAUGAGCUUUUCGGAGAACACCCGGCGUUUUAUGCCCCUGUGUGAUGUUCUGUACGGUCGGGUUGGAGAUUUCUUGAGUUGGUGUCGGCAGGAAAAUGCCCCUGAACUCGAUUACCAAUCCUGCCCUAUCUCGGAAGACUGUGAACACAAUGCUGUGGAUUCCUACUGGAAAAGGGCAUCCAUGCAGUAUUCAAGAGAUAGUUCUGGGGUGAUCUACGUCAUGUUGAAUGGUUCAGAGCCAAACGGAGCCUAUCCUGUCAGGGGUUUUUUUGCAGAUUUUGAAAUUCCAUACUUGCAGAAGGAUAAAGUCACACAAAUUGAAAUCUGGGUCAUGCAUGAAAUCGGGGGACCUAAUGUGGAAUCCUGUGGCGAGGGCAGCGUGAAGAUCCUGGAGGAGAGACUUGAGGCCAUGGGGUUCCAGUACCGCUGUAUUAACGACCACCUACCUGUGAAGCUCUUGAUGUGUGUGGACCACAGCACUCAUCCCGACUGUGCCUUAACUUUGUCAGCCGCAUCCACUGGAAGAGCACCCUCCUCUCAUUUUCCAGAACGGAGCGCCACCCUUAUCCUGCCUCUGUUGGCGGCUGUGGCCUCCGGUUCCCAAAUCUAACGAGCUCUGCUGUUGGACUCUGCUGUUUGAACAGCUGCCGGCCACGCCCGCCCGGGCUCCGUCUUUGUCCGGUUCUGCGUACACCAAGUGAUCCUCUUCUCCGAAGAUGUUUCUUCCUGGGAAAAAGUGGUCAUUUUCCAGCGACUUUUAUGCUCAGGAUUCUGCAAACAAGAAAUUAGUCUCAUCCUGAUAAGCGGGUUAAAUCUGCUGCCUUAAAAUGGAAGCAAGUUUCGAUUUGCUUUUUUUUGUUGUUGUUCGAUUUGCUUAUUUUUAUAAUGGCACCAGGUCUUGAGACCUCCCCCAACGGUUGCAUAAUCUUAUACAAUCAAAUAUUUAGAAAAUUCUAAUAGAACAAUAUUUUGUAUUUUCUGUAUUUUUCUGAAGCUCCAGGAGUGCAGAAUACAGGCUUGUUGAUAGCUUGAGAUAUAUGUACACUAUAGAAUACAUACACAUACCAGAUAUGCAAAUAUUUACAUAUAAAGAGACUUGUCUUAAAGGCUGCUCAUGGCAAGGGGACAGUCCAAAUGUCCAAUACCAUGUACAUAUUUAUUGGAACUGUUUGGACCUGCUUGCCCAAGCUUUGGUGUAUCUAGGAUGCAGUAUCAUCCGGCAAGUAAAGGUCACGCUUACCAGGCAAAUGUCCUCCAGCCAGUGACUAGGUGAGUUAACUGCAGUGUACCUGCACCGUGGAAUACCGCUCAGCAGUAAGAAGUGAUGUGGAUGAAGCCCAAAUCAUCGUGCUAAGGGGGAGAAACCAGACCAAACGGCUGUGCACUGCGAGAUUCUGUUUAUAUGGGAGAGGCAGGACGUCAGGAAAGAGAGCGGGUCAGGAGCUGCUGAGAGGGGAGCAGGUGUGAGGACAGGGCAGAGGGGCUCAGUGGGAGGGACCUGAAGAAGGAGCAGUUGGUGGGUCUGUUCUGUACCUUGACUGUGCUGGGCAGUGCAUGGACUUGUGUAUUUUCUUAACAGUUAAAGCCGUAUGUCAAAAAGAAUAAAUCUCACUAAAUGAAAA